UCUAUACAUGUGCAGAUUGAUUCAGCAACACUGACGACGUUAUAGCUGCUGCACCAACGAGUAUAAUGUACUAUUGUGUGUAUUUUGCUGCUUAAUCUAUCAGUAAAGACACACUUUUGUUUGGGUUUUUGGGUGCGUGCGCCUCUUCCUCGACGUGUCGGUGACGUCAUUACUACGCCAGUAUUUAAUCUAUUAAUCGGUCAGUUUGAUUAUUUCUGCAACGGAUUCUUCCUCAAUCGCCUGUUGAUCGUUGAGAAGGUCUCAUGGCAAUGAUGGAGAUGAACGCUACCACUUCCAAUAAAAACAAUGCAACAAAUGACAGUCAGUUUAUUGACGAGUAUUCUGGGGUGAGACAGUCUCUCCACAUCAUGUCUCUCAUCAUUUACAGCCUGGCCUUCGUUUUUGGUGUACUCGGGAAUGGAGUGGUGAUCUGGGUGACCGGGUUUAAGAUGAAGAAAACAGUUAACACAGUUUGGUUCCUCAACCUUGCCAUUGCCGACUUCCUCUUCACAGCGUUCUUGCCCCUGAGUGUGACGUAUCUGGCUUCGAAUUUCCACUGGCCUUUCGGCAAUUUCAUGUGCAAACUGAACAGCACUAUAAGCUUUCUGAACAUAUUCGCCAGUGUCUACAUUCUGGUGGUGAUCAGUGUGGACAGAUACGUGUCUGUGGUGUGGCCCGUCUGGGCCCAGAACCACCGAAAUGUGCGCAAGGCGUCCUUUGUGAGUCUGGGUGUUUGGGUGCUGGCUCUGAUUCUCAGCGCUCCAUACUUCUUCUUCAGGGACACAGGGCCAUCAUUUGUGGAUGGAGACAUCAUCAACUGCUUUAACAGCUUUGCCCUCCCUGAUGAUUUUGAAACACCAUCUGUGAUUGAGCUGCGACAAUUUCGUCAUCAGGCCACAACCAUCACCCGCGUCAUCCUGGGCUUUGUGGUCCCCUACACUGUCAUUGUCUCCUGUUAUGCUGUCAUAAUCCAUCGUCUCAGAAGAAACCGCACCCUGGCCAGCCAAUCAAGUCGCACCUUUAAGAUCAUCGCUGCCGUUAUCACCACUUUUUUCCUGUGCUGGGCUCCUUAUCACAUCAUGAUUAUAAUUGAGUUGGUAAAUUUCACAGCUACUCAUCCAAGUGAAACAUUAUUCCAUGUCACCACUAUCGGAGUCCCCAUAGCAACCAGCCUGGCUUUUCUCAACAGCUGCCUGAACCCACUGCUGUAUGUGUUCAUGGGUCAAGAUUUCAAGGAGAAGGUCCGCAAAUCCAUCCUGAAUGUACUGGAGACUGCCUUCCAGGAGGAAGAAACAAAGUCAACAGACACCAGUCAGAGCAGAGAGAAGUGGAUGCAUAACACUGAGGUGUAGGAUUGUGUACAUAUUGUGACAGGAAGUGAAACUGUACAGUCACUUGACAGAAAUUUAAAUGUAUGUAGGUUAGCCAAAUGCCACUAGAUAAGCAGUCCUGUUGUCACUCACAAUAAUUCUUUUUUGCUCUUUUUUGCACGUAAAUCACCAUUGAAUGUAUAUUUCUUACAGUGUACUGAGCACCUGCAUCCCAUCAGUCUACGUUGUUGCCAUCUAUGUAGAGACGCCAGAAAAGUGUUUCACCUAAAUGUUGACUGCUGGUUUGAUAAACUUUUUUUAAAUUAUUAUUGCAAGGAGAGGCUAUUGCAGUCUAAUCAAUAAACAUGGAAGUUAGUAUAAUCUUAUGGUUUUAUUUUUGUAAUGUAUUGUUUGCUUGAUUUUGGUGUCCAUCAUUAACCUUAACCGUGGGACAACAUAGAAACGGAGAAAAAUGUAAUGACACUUAUUCUCAGCGUAAGACUUUAGGCCUGAAUAUUGUUGUUACCUGUCCAUAAAAGCUUUAUUGUGAUUUUAAUGUUGUUUGAAUUCUAUAUGAAGACGAUGAUGAUGAUGUUAUUGUUGUUUCCAGUACUAUUAUUCUUUUCCAUUAAAUACAAAAUAUUUGGACUUUA